AUGGAUAAAGAAGUGUGUGGAAGGUUCAAGAAUGUAUGGACGAAUUUUACAUAUGAUUCGAGUGAUAAAAGCUAUAAAUUUACAAAUAAUAAUAGCAAUACCUUUUGUGGUAAUAAUAGUUGUGAUAGUAAUAUCGAAAAAAUUAAUGCUGUAUGUUUAUACCUUUUUAAUCAAUUCUUUGGGGAUUCUUCUUCGCCUAAGAAACAUAAUAACAUUAAUAUUGUUGAAUAUAUUAUGAUAUGGUUAAGUUAUAUGUUAAACCUAAUCGAAAAUAAUGAUAACAACAUCAGCAAUUUAAAACAUUUUUAUGAUACAAAUAUAAAGAAUGAUAAGUAUACAAAGUCUAUAGUCAAAGUUGAAGGUUGUAAAAAUUAUAAGGAACUUAUAGAUAAAACAAAUCUGAUGAGUAUGGAUAUUAAAGAUAUAUCUAAAUUUUAUGAAGCAUUUAAAUCAUUAUGUGAAAUGUAUACUGAAUUUAAUGAAAGCACGUCAAAUUGCACAAACAUUUCGCAAAAAGCUAAAGAAUUUGUUACAAAAUAUGAUAAUCUUAGUGAAAAUUCUGGUGUUACUAGUAAUAGUCCCUAUAAUAAAUUAUUGUGUACUUUAUCAAGUGAUUUUAAUAAUUUAAAAAAUAAAUGUAACGAUAGUUCGUCGUUUCCAACGAUAGAUAAAACAAAAAGUACUAUAAAAUGUCCUGAGGAAAUUUCUGACGCUACAUCAAGUUCGUCGACAGCAAACAAGUUAUUUAUAGUUUUAUCGAUAUUUGGUGCAAUAGCAAUUUUUUUAGGAAUUUCUUAUAAGUAUUCGUUGUUUGGAUUUCGGAAACGAUUUCAAAAACAAAAAUUAAAAGAAAAAAUAAAAAAUAUAAAGAAGAGAAUGAAUCAUUAA